GGGAAGGUAUCGGGCUCAAAUCUGGACUAUCCCUGACGAUCUGUCCGAAGCGCAACAAAAAUAUGAAAGUUGUGUGUCCGAAUAUCUCUUCGUCUCAAUAUGGAGAGCGAAGGGACCAAUUGGCUCUUAAAAUCGCCCUUUUCGACUGUCUACUAUGGUCAUGUGCGGAAUAUGUAGAAUAGCCUGAGAUCUGGAUACCGAACACCUCGUACUGGGCUCUAAUAUGAUAUAAGUAUCUCCAACGAUGGAUCCUGAUACGAUAGUACACCACGUAUGUUAGCGUUCUAUCCGACUUUUACUCUCCCCAGUUUCAGGUGGGCCAUGGGACCAGACCGCUGUCCUAUAUUAAGAUUACCCGUAGAAAUAGACCCCUUUAAGCUGGUCGCCGUAUAUGUAGAUACCGCUCCCCUGAUUCUACAGUAGCUACGCCCAUUUCUUUUUGCCCUGAAAAAAAUAAUACACGCUCGCCGAAUAGAACGAUAUCCGAAGCCAAUCGUUAUUUACGAUCUAGAUCGACCAUGAAGUUUGCACUGCCGUUCGAGCUCGGCAUGCUUGCCUCGAGCAUAUUCGCCUCAAACACAACCACAGUAUCUCCGUCCGUCUACAUCCUAAGUACGUCGCCGCCUGCGACAGUCGCUCUCAGUAAAGCCUUGGACACAUUAGGAUACAGUCGUUUGGACCUCGAAUCAGACAUACUAGACCAGACAAUAUUAUCAAACACCUAUGUCGAAGUAACGUCCAACAUGCAGCUAGCAGAGAUCGCUCGAUCGCAACCCGAUGCCAAGUUCAUACUACCCCGAGGCAGUCGACAUAUAGGCGAAGAAGACUACAUACUUUCGGCUCGGAACUUCUUCUCCAAGGAGAAGCGUUCUCGCAAGUUCCUAGAGCUAGACGUGCUUGCGCUGAAGGCGAGUUCGCAGGCGGAGAACUGGGUCCAGCUGUGCGACUUCUUGGGUAUGGGAUACAGCGUGGUGGAACGACUAGGCCUGUGGCAGUUCCCGAAAUAAAUGCCACGGCCUGAACCUACAAAAAAGAGAUUAAAGACGAUGAUAUUAUAGAGUCGACUAUAAAUGUCGCUCCAAUAUCCGGGCACCUAUGUGUCGGGUCUGAACGUAUUAGCCGUUUGAAAAUAGCGAGGGAAACGCGAGGAUUACUGGUUGGUAGAAGGAUAGGCGCAAGGUCAAGAUAUUUUGCGACUCCAAUGCAAGAAGAGGAGGAAAGAAUAGCACUACGCUACCUAGCGUUGAUCUAACGAACGGCUUAUACCGAACGAGCAGUCGCUACGGAUCUUUAAUCGCGUUUCCCGCGAUUAUAGCAGUAUAUACUUCAAGCGUUAGAGCUUAUUAGCAUUGAAUAUACUUACAAGACUAUUUUAAGACAUUGAGCGCUGUUGAGAGUCUUGGAUCCAGCUAUGUUCUAAUGAUUAAAUAUAGUCAUCAUCACAAGCA